GAGAGGUGAAGGGUGAGAGGUGAGCGGCGGCGGCUGGGAGGGAAGAAGUCUGAUAUGGAGGAGGUUAAAGAUGGACAUCCGCCAGAAGAAUUGCUUGAUCACUUAAAGCUUUCUGAUCAGAAGUCAACAGAGAGCACUAGCUCAUGGGCAUCUGGCCCCAAAGAUGCCCAGAAUCUUCCAAACUUGGCAAGUGGCGAUAUACCAUCUUCAGCCAAAGAUCCCACCACAGCAGAUGAGUGUUUCCAUGACUGUCGUGACUCCUUUGAGAUGAAAGAGCCUGUACUGGAUGAUGAGGAAAGUUCACAGAAUGAUGAGAAUAGCACAAGGAAGCAGACAGAGCUAGAUGAGGAAUACUUACUAGAACUGGAAAAAGAUAUGCCAGAGGAAGAAAAACAGAAAAGAAGAAAGGAAAGCACAACGCUGAAGGAGAAAGGAAAUGAACAGUUCAAGAAAGGAGACUAUGGAGAGGCAGAAGACUCUUACACAAAGGCUCUGCAAAUUUGUCCAGCCUGCUUCCAAAAAGAUAGGGCUGUUUUGUUUUCAAACAGAGCUGCUGCAAAAAUGAAACAGGACAAGACAGAAGCUGCCCUAAAUGACUGCAGCAAAGCAGUGGAAUUAGAUCCUAACUAUAUUAGAGCUUUGCUGAGAAGAGCAGAACUACAUGAAAAAACAGAGAAACUAGAUGAAGCUCUGGAAGAUUAUAAAGCAAUCCUAGAAAAAGACCCAUCAGUUCAUCAGGCCAGAGAAGCUUGUAUGCGAUUACCUAGACAAAUUGAAGAGCGGAAUGAAAAAUUGAAGAAAGAAAUGUUAGGCAAACUGAAAGAUCUUGGGAAUUUGGUUCUCCGCCCCUUUGGCCUGUCAACAGAAAAUUUCCAGAUAAAACAGGAUUCAUCAACUGGCUCAUAUUCCAUCAAUUUUGUUCAAAAUCCAAACAACAAUAGAUAACAUGAAUUCAGCUUAGUUCUGCUGGCUUUCAGGCUUCGUGACCAUGUGCUUGCACGUACCAAUGCAAGGAUUCAGCAAACGUUCUUCACUCUGUCCAAGUGAAGAUAGACUCGAGCAAAUUCAUUUCCCUGCUUAUAAAUUAUUUACAAUGUGGAUGUAAAGAAAGUCACUUGACUUCUUUUAGUGAUAACUAUGUCCUGUGUGUGAUUCUUCACUUGCAGUAUUUGGCUUUUCCACCAGUCAGGUACAUUAUUUUGGCCCAUUCAAUGCCAGCAAGAAAACUGUAGCAAGCAGUUCAGUUGAAUCAAAAUGCCCAUGCACCUGUGGCCAAGAACAAAGCCAAAUGGUGUCUUGGGGAAUUAACAAAUCUAGCAGAAGCACAUCUCCACAUUCGGGAGGUGGAUGUGACUGACAGCAUGCAUGGAAGCAAGCCGACCUCCUCUGUGGAAUAUUUUUUCUUGGUAAUAAAGGCUUAGUAUUUCUGUUGGAUUGAAUGUGAA